AUGGCAGGACUCCUGUUGUUUGUCGUCCUCAUGCUUCUUCUUCCACCUAAACUGACAGUGAAUCCACCAGUGAUCACAGAGACAGACUCAGUCACACUGAACUGUCAGGCUCCACCAUCACUGUCUGUGACUCAGUGUUAUUUCUACAUUUUAAAAGUAGAAAGAGUCCUCUCUUGUCUGCAGACACUGUCAGGGACUGAACUGCUGAUGAUGACACAUCAGAAAUCACCUGCUACAGUUGAAUUGCAAUGUUAUUACAAAGCAGUUGUUGGAGAGACAAAUGCUCCAUCUCCAGUCAGUGACACUUCCUCCAUCAUGAUACAAACUCAGCUUCGACCUAAACUGACAGUGAAUCCACCAGUGAUCACAGAGACAGACUCAGUCACACUGAACUGUCAGACUCCAUCAUCAGUGUCUGUGACUCAGUGUUAUUUCUACACUUUAAGUGGAGGAACUGUCAGAGUCCUCUCUUGUCUGCAGACACUGACAGGGACUGAACUGCUGAUGAUGGCACAUCAGAAAUCACCUGCUGAGAUUAAAGUGAAAUGUUAUUACACUGUAAAACGUGGAGAGACAAAUUCUCCAUCUCCACACAGUGACACAACCUCCAUCAUGAUACAAAGUGCUGCAGAAAACAAUGAGAGACAAACUGAUUUAACAACCUCCAUUUCUACUACAAAGUCACCUGUGGGUGGAGGUGAUGAAGGUCAGACUGUUAACAGAGCUACCACUCCUGUAACUCCUGUAAAACCAGCAUCAGAUCAGAGUUCUGUUCCACCAGGUCAUACUGUUGGCUCGACCACUACUUCCUUAACAUCAGUGAAAACAACAUCAGAAACAUGGACGUGGAAGUUGGUUGUUGUUGGUAUUGGAGUUACUGGUUUUGGAGUAACUGUAGGUGUCAUCUCUCUGGGAUUGGCACUUCUCUGUUCCCAAAGAAGAACUGGUGAGAACUAUAUCAAAUGUGUUCAAUGAAACUUGAAUGUA